CUUGGCGCUGGGACUCCACUCAACUUGGUGAUCAUUGAUAUGGAAUUUAGGUGGUAACCUUCAUCGAUUUUAGAAGAAGAUAGCUUCGGAUUUAGAAGGAUUGAUCUCCAUCGAGAGUACCAACAGAGCAGUUUCGGCAGGAAGUUCCUAAUAUGGAUCCCCGCAUAAACUAUACAUAUGUGGGAGCUAAUUAAGGCAACGUCAUCGGCAUACAUUGCCAUAGUAACUCUAGGACAAGAUGGUAUGUCGCUACAAUAGAGAUUGAAGAGAGUAGGAGAUAGUAUCUGUUCUUAUCAGCGUUCAACGUUAAACUAGUGUAUUCCUAUGAAAGCAUUUAUAAGACUGGAUUAAUAAACCUGACGUUGGCGUUCGCGUCCGCGCCGACAAUGUAAAGGGGUGUAUUCCUAUGGAAGCAUAUAUAAACGCGGAUGGCGUCUGCGUCGGCGUUCGAGAUGGUUCAAAUCGAACUUUCUGCCCGGUGUUGUCGCAACGCGACAGCGAAUCAGAAUGCGUUAUUGGAUCACGUGACUUUUGUUUAUAUUUUUUAUUAUAUAUAUUUUAUAAACAAACCAAAUUUGACAGAUGACAGCGUGAACACGAACGCCAACGAACGGGUACUUUCGUAGCCAGCGCGAACGCUGGCACAAGAGCGGACGUGAACGCCAACGUCGAGUAAAAGAGGUUAUUUGUUUUCGAAUGUGCAAUUUCUUCGUUUGUGAGUUGUUGAGUUCAAUUUGAGUUUUAACUUGAGUUUACUUCAAUUUAUUUCAUAAAUAUGGAAGGUGAAAGUUUUAACUUAUCUCAUUUAAUUGCACAAAUACAACUUUAUCCAUACUUGUACGAUACGACAGACAAACGGUACAAGGACGCCAAAUUGAAAAAUAGAACGUGGAGGGAAAUUGCCCGAACUCUACAUUCUACAGCCUUAAUAUGUCAAAAGAGUUGGAAGAGCCUGAGGGACAGAUUCGUCAAAAAACGAAAAGCAAUAGCGUCAGGAUCUGAUGCUGGUUCUAACUGGGAAUAUUAUCAAGAAAUGUUGUUUUACGAGAGCUACUCAAAGCCCAGAAUAACAUAUGGAAAUAUUUGGAAAGAGCAAACUGACAGCAUAUCAUCAUCUGAUGUAUCUGGGUGGUCCUCAAUAGAUGUAGUGUCACCCACAGGUUUGUCAGAAGAUGAAAAGUAUGCAAUUCCUGACUCCAUAAGAGAGGACAGUCCUGGAUCUGGGAGAGAAGACACUCCUAGAUCUGCAAUAGAGGAGACACAAAAGAGAAAACGAAAACAAAGCGAUGAAACUUCCGACUUAAUUGAUAUGACGAAACAAAUUUAUGAGAAGCUAGUUGAAAGACUGGAACCAAAUGCAAAUUCAAAAUUUGCAGAAUUUGUAGCUUUAAGAUUAAACCAGAUGCCAGAAGAGGAAGCCAAGGAAAAGAGAAAACAAAUUAUGAUGAUAAUUGAAAAUUAAAUAUACCAAUAUUUUUA